UGUCUGAUCCAUUCUUCGCCUCCACUCGCAAGCGCAAGAGGCCGGCAAAGGUCACCUCUCGUGUGCCUCGAGACAAUGCACCGGCACCGGCUGGCCGUCGAGGCGGCCGUGGGCAGGAAGAGGAACAGGUUGACGAUGAUGCGGAUAUGGGCGCCGAGGAUAUUGAUGAUAUGGAUUUGGAGCACAGACGGGGAGACGAUGACAUGGAGGAGAGUGAGGAUGAUAAGGAUGAGACGGCGGCGGAGAAGCGGUUAAGGUUGGCGCAGCGGUACUUGGAACAGGUUCAGGAUGAGGUGGAUGAGGGCGGUUUCAACGCAGAGGACGUGGAUCGGGAUUACCUGGCUGAGCGUCUUCAGGAGGAUGUUGCGGAGAGCAAGGGACGGGUUUACAGACAUGUCAGCUCCGCCUACGAUUUCUCGACACCAACCCAAGUGGGACACGCACGGAACCCUAUGUCGACGAUCACCUCGGUUGCAAUGAAGCUGCCUUAUAUGUACACCUCGGCCAAGGACGGAUCGGUAGCGAAGUGGGAUCUUUCGAGCCCGACGGAGCCGAAGAGGGUGAGGACUGUUCGCAAGGGUCGCAAAGGUGAUGAGACGUUUGAGGGGCAUACUCAGGAUGUGUUGUCUGUGGCGGUCAGUGGAGAUGGCAGAUGGGUUGCGUCGGCUGGUUGCGACAAGUGCAUCGUCGUCCGUUCAACGGAUGACCUGUCCUUCGCCAAGAUCUUCCGCCAUCACCGCGACACUGUUUAUUCUCUCGCCUUCCGCAGAGGUACGAACACCAUGUACAGUGCCAGUGCCGACAGAACGGUGAAGCACUGGGAUUUGUCUGGAAUGACUUAUGUCGAGACACUCUUCGGUCACCAGGACGGCAUUGUGGACAUUGCUGCGCUUGCUCAGGAGCGUUGUAUCUCUGUGGGAGCUCGGGAUAGGACUGCUCGUGUGUGGAAAAUCGUAGAGGAGACUCAGCUUGUGCUCCGUGGUGAUGGUCCGGGAGAGGGCAAGAAGCGAAAGCAGCGUGAGGGUCCGAACGGAGAGAUUUUGGAUUACUCGCAUACUGAGGGUAGCAUGGACACCGUUGCGCAAGUGGAUGAGGAGCAUUUCCUUACCGGAUCCGACAACGGGUCUAUUUCGCUGUGGACGCUGCAGAAGAAGAAGGCGCAGUUUACCUGGCCCACUGCACACGGCCUCGAUGAGCAAUUGAAGCCAGAGGAGCACUCCGCCGAGGUGGAGCCAUCUGCGGAAGCUCCCGCACCGAGGCAGCCUAGAUGGAUUACGGCUCUUGCGUCUUUGCCGUACUCUGAUGUCUUCGUGUCUGGAUCAUGGGAUGGAUUUGUCCGUGUAUGGAGAAUUACUCCUGGUAUGAAGACAAUCGAGCCCAUCACCGCUCUGCCAGUCGGCCCUGGAGUAGUCAACUCGCUGGAGAUUGAUGAGACUGGUCCAAGAGGGUCUGAAACCAUUACCAUUGUUGCUGGUGUCGGUCAGGAGCAUAGGUUGGGUCGUUGGAAGAAGGUCAAGAAGGCGAAGAACGGAGUUGUGGUGUUCACCAUCAAGAAGGGAGGUGCCACCUCUGUUGACGAUGAGAACUGAGUAGAUGGAUAGUAUCUUCGUAGUUGUUUCGGCGCAUUUUGGGCAUUAUCAUCGCAUUUUUAAGAAUUAUGGAGAAUUGGAUCGUCAACGC